AUGGACCUGGCUUGGAACUCUGUCUUUAUUGUCCUCCUAAGUUUUUCAUGCUGGGGGUUAGACUGGGAAUCUGAUAGAAAUUUCAUUACAGCUGCCGGUCCUCUAACCAAUGACUUGCUGCACAACCUGAGCGGUCCACCAGGAAACCAGGAUUCUAACUUUGUAGCAGAGGACAAAGACAUUUAUGUUUGUCGCCAGCCACUGCCCGCGUUCCUGCCAGAGUACUUUAGCAGUGUUCAUGCCAUUCAGAUCACCCAUUAUAAAGUAUUUCUGCCAUGGGCACAGCUUCUCCCAGCAGGAAGCUCCAAGAACCCAGACAACGGAACAGUGCAGUGCUACCGGCAACUCCUUGAGGCUCUCAAGGAAGCGCAGCUUCAGCCCCUGGUCGUGCUGCACCACCAGACCCUCCCUGCCAGCACCGUCCAGAAUAGCGACGUCUUUGCUGACCUCUUUGCUGACUAUGCCACAUUCGCCUUCCACUCCUUUGGGGACCUAGUUGAGAUGUGGUUUACUUUUAGUGACUUGGAGGAGGUGAUAACAGAGCUUCCCCACCAGGAAUCAAGAGCUUCACGUCUGCAGACCCUCACUGACGCCCACAGAAAAGCCUAUGAGAUUUACCACGAAAAAUAUGCUUCUCAAGGCGGACGGCUCUCCGUGGUCCUACGAGCUGAAGUGGUCGCUGAGCUCCUGCUGGAACCCUCCACGUCUGUGCUUGCCAAGGACGCCAUCGAUUUCAUCUCUCUGGAUUUGUCUUAUGAAUGCCAAAGUGAGGCGAGUUUACUGCAGACGCUGAGUAAAUUGCAGACUAUUGAGCCAAAAGUGAAAGUUUUCAUCUUCAAUCUAAAACUCCAGGACUGCCUCUCCACCAGGAAGAACCCAGCUGGGCUACUCUACAGCCUUUUUGAAGCCAUAAAUAAAGACCAAGUGCUCACCAUUGGGUUUGAUGUUAAUUCUUUCCUGAGCUGUUCAUCAAGUUCUGAGAAAAGGUCUUGUUCUCUGUCUGAUGACCUGACCCUUCAGACUGCCCUGCAGCAGGACCUCGAGACGGCAGGAGACUCCUCAGCCCCCAACUCAGCCUAUCAGAGAGUCUGGGAGAUGUUUGCCAACCAGUCCAGGGCAGAAAGGGAUGCCUUCCUGCAGGAUGUCUUUCCUGAAGGCUUCCUCUGGGGCGUCUCCACGGGAGCCUUUAACGUGGAAGGAGGUUGGGCUGAGGAUGGAAGAGGGGCAAGCAUCUGGGACCAACUAGGGCACCAGAAUGCCACCAAGGGCCAAGCAACACCGGAGGUAGCCAGUGACAGUUACCACAAGGUGGACACUGAUGUCGCCCUGCUUCGUGGCCUCCAGGCUCAGGUCUACAAGUUCUCCAUCUCCUGGUCCCGUAUCUUCCCCACUGGGCACGGGAGCAGCCCCAACCUCCGGGGUGUCGCCUACUACAACAAGCUGAUUGACAGCCUGCUGGACUCACACAUCGAGCCCAUGGUCACGCUGUUCCACUGGGACCUGCCUCAGGCCCUGCAGGAUCUUGCCGGGUGGCAGAAUGAGACUGUGGUGGAUGCCUUCCUGGACUAUGCAGCCUUCUGCUUCUCCACUUUUGGGGACCGUGUGAAGUUGUGGGUGACCUUCCACGAGCCGUGGGUGAUGAGCUACGCAGGCUACGGCACUGGCCAACACGCGCCGGGCAUCUCCGACCCAGGGGUGGCCUCAUUUAAGGUGGCUCACUUGGUCCUCAAGGCUCAUGCCAGAGCUUGGCACCACUACAAUAACCACCAUCGCCCACAGCAGCAGGGACGCGUGGGCAUUGUGCUGAACUCAGACUGGGCAGAACCCCUGUCUCCAGAGAGUCCCGAGGACCUGAGCGCCUCUGAGCGCUUCUUGCAUUUCAUGCUGGGCUGGUUUGCACACCCCAUCUUUGUGGAUGGAGACUAUCCAGCUGCCCUGAGGGCUCAGAUUCAACAGAUGAACGAACAGUGCCCCAGUCCUGUGGCUCAGCUCCCUGAGUUCACUGAGGCAGAGAAGCAGCUCCUGAAAGGCUCAGCUGAUUUUCUGGGUCUGUCCCAUUACACUUCCCGUCUCAUCAGCAAGGCCCAACAAGAUACCUGCAUCCCCAGCUAUGAUACCAUCGGAGGCUUCUCACAACAUGUGGACCCUGCAUGGCCUCAGACCUCAUCUCCUUGGAUUCGAGUGGUACCCUGGGGUUUAAGGAGGCUGUUGCAGUUUGUAUCCUUGGAAUACACAGGAGGAAAAGUUCCGAUCUACCUGGCUGGGAAUGGCAUGCCCAUAGGGGAAAGUGAAGACCUCUUUGAUGAUUCCUUCAGAGUAGACUACUUUAAUCAAUAUAUUAAUGAGGUGCUCAAGGCUGUCAAGGAGGACUCGGUGGAUGUUCAAUCUUACAUUGCUCGUUCCCUCAUGGAUGGCUUCGAAGGCCCCUCUGGCUAUAGCCAGAGGUUUGGGCUGCACCACGUCAACUUCAAUGACAGCAGCAAGCCCAGGACUCCCAGGAAAUCUGCCUACUUUUUCACCAGCAUCAUUGAAAAGAAUGGUUUCCUCACCAAGGUAGUAAAAACACUGCCACCACCCAGUAUAACAAACAUUGCCCCUAGAAUCAGAGCCUUCACUUUUCCAUCCGAGGUGCCCUCCAAAGCUAAAGUAGUUUGGGAAAAGUUCUCCAACCAACCCAAGUUUGAAAGGGAUUUGUUCUACACUGGCACAUUCCGAGAUGACUUUCUGUGGGGCGUGUCUUCAUCAGCCUAUCAGAUUGAAGGAGCUUGGGAUGCUGACGGCAAAGGCCCCAGCAUUUGGGAUAACUUUACCCACACACCAGGGAACAAUGUGAAAGACAAUGCUACCGGAGACAUAGCCUGUGACAGCUAUAACCAAUUGGAUGCUGAUCUGAAUAUGCUUCGAGCUUUGAAAGUGAAGGCCUAUCGCUUCUCUAUCUCCUGGUCUCGAAUUUUCCCAACUGGGAGAAACAGUUCUAUCAACACACCUGGUGUUGAUUAUUACAACAGGCUGAUCGAUGGCUUGAUAGCAAGCAAUAUCUCUCCUAUGGUGACACUGUUCCACUGGGACCUGCCCCAGGCCCUCCAGGAUAUUGGAGGCUGGGAGAAUCCUUCCUUGAUUGAGUUGUUUAACAGCUAUGCAGACUUUUGUUUCCAGACCUUUGGUGAUAGAGUCAAGUUCUGGAUGACCUUUAAUGAGCCCAUGGAACAGGCGUGGUUGGGUUAUGGCACAGGGGAAUUUCCCCCAAAUGUGAAUGACCCAGGCUGGGCACCUUACAGGAUUGCCCAUGCAGUCAUCAAAGCUCAUGCCACAGUCUAUCACACUUAUGAUGAGAAAUACAGGCAAGAGCAGAACGGGGUCAUCUCUUUGAGCCUCAGUGCACAUUGGGCAGAGCCCAAGUCACCAGAGCUCCCGAGAGAUGUGGAAGCAGCUGACCGAAUGCUGCAGUUCUCACUGGGCUGGUUCGCCCACCCCAUUUUCCGAAAUGGAGAUUAUCCUGAUGCCAUGAAGUGGAAAGUGGGGAACAGGAGUGAACUACAACACUUAGCCACCUCCCGCCUGCCAAGCUUCACUGAGGAAGAGAAGAGGUACAUCAUGGCUACAGCCGAUGUGUUCUGCCUCAACACCUACUACUCCAAAAUCGUGCAGCAUACAACACCCAGUUUAAACCCACCCUCCUACGAAUAUGACCAGGAGAUGACCGAGGAAGAGGAUCCUUCAUGGCCUUCCACAGCAAUGAACGGAGCUGUGCCCUGGGGGCUGCGAAGACUGCUCAACUGGAUCAAGGAAGAGUAUGGUGACAUCCCCAUUUACAUCACUGAAAAUGGAGUGGGGCUGACAAAUGCAGAAGUGGAAGAUACUGAUAGGAUAUUUUACCACAAAACCUACAUCAAUGAAGCUUUGAAAGCCUACAAGCUUGAUGAUGUCGACCUUCGAGGGUAUUCUGCAUGGUCUCUGAUGGACAACUUUGAGUGGCUGAAUGGCUACACCAUCAAGUUUGGACUGUACCAUGUUGAUUUCGAUAAUGUGAACAGGCCUCGCACAGCAAGAGCUUCAGCCAGGUACUACACAGAGGUCAUUACCAACAACGGCAUGCCGCUGGCCCAGGAAGAUGAGUUUCUCUACGGACAGUUUCCCGAGGGCUUCAUCUGGAGUGCAGCUACCGCUGCAUAUCAGAUCGAAGGUGCGUGGAGAGAAGAUGACAAAGGACUCAGUAUUUGGGACACAUUUUCUCACACACCACUGAAGAUUGAGAACAAUGACGUUGGAGACGUAACCAGUGACAGUUAUCACAAGAUUGCCGAGGAUGUGGUGGCCCUGCAGACCCUGGCUGUGUCCCACUAUCGCCUUUCCAUCUCUUGGCCUCGCAUUCUGCCUGAUGGAACCACGAAGUAUAUCAAUGAAGCGGGCCUGAACUACUACGUGCGGCUCAUUGACGCUCUGCUGGCUGUCAACAUCAAGCCCCAGGUGACCCUUUACCACUGGGACCUGCCCCAGGCACUCCAGGAUGUUGGAGGCUGGGAGAAUGAGACCAUUGUGGAGCACUUUAAAGAGUAUGCAAAUGUGCUCUUCCAGAGGCUGGGCGACAAGGUGAAGUUUUGGAUCACGCUGAAUGAGCCCUUUGUCGUUGUUACCCAGGGCUAUAGCUACGGGACAUCAGCUCCAGGAAUCUCCUCUAGGCCUGGCACUGCCCCCUACAUUGCUGGCCACAACCUACUAAAGGCUCAUGCUGAGGCCUGGCAUCUGUACAACGACGUGUACCGCCCCAGUCAAGGGGGCGUGAUUUCCAUCACCAUCAACAGUGACUGGGCUGAGCCCAGAGACCCCUCCAACCAGGAGGAUGUGGAGGCAGCCAGGAGAUACGUUCAGUUUAUGGGAGGCUGGUUUGCACAUCCUGUUUUCAAGAAUGGCGAUUACAACGAGGUGAUGAAGACACGGAUCCGUGACCGGAGCUUGGCUGAAGGCCUCAACACGUCUCGGCUCCCGGAGUUCACGGAGGCUGAGAAGAGGAGGAUCAACGGCACCUACGACUUUUUUGGUUUCAAUCACUACACCACUGUCCUGGCCUACAACCUUGACUAUGACUCUUCGGUCUCUUCCUUUGAUGCAGACAGGGGAGUUGCCUCCAUUGCAGAUCGCUCUUGGCCAGAGUCUGGCUCCUCCUGGCUGAAAAUGACACCUUUUGGCUUCCGGAAGAUCCUGAACUGGAUAAAGGAGGAAUACAACAACCCUGUGGUUUACGUAACAGAGAAUGGAGUGUCCCAUCGGGGAGAAGCAGAGCUUAACGACACUUUUAGGAUCUUCUACCUCCACACUUACAUCAACGAGGCCCUCAAAGCUGUGCAGGAUGAGGUGGACCUUCGAGGAUACACAGUUUGGACUCUGAUGGACAACUUCGAGUGGGCCACAGGCUUCCAAGACAAGUUUGGUCUGCAUUUUGUAAACUACACUGACCCUUCUCUGCCAAGGAUCCCCAGAGCGUCAGCCAAGUACUACGCCUCUAUAGUUCGGUGCAAUGGCUUCCCUGACCCUGCUACAGGGCCACACCCUUGUCUCCAGACUGAAGAUGCUGGACCCACUGUCAGCCCCGUGAGAGAGGAGCAAGUUCAGUUCUUGGGGCUCACGCUGGGUGCGACAGAAGCCCAGACAGCUCUCUACAUACUCUUUGCUCUUGUGCUUCUUGGAGCCUGUGGUGUGGCAUUUCUGUCAUAUAAAUACUGUAAGCGCUCCAAGCAGGCGAAAACACCACCAGGCCAGCAGGAACUGAGCCCGGUUUCGUCAUUCUGACCCACAAGUUACCACCUGCUCCAGUUCUGCAAAAUAAGCCUAGUUUCUUUGUAUACCUCUGCCACCCACAAAACUCCUUAGCAUCUUAGAUUCUGCCCAUACCAGACUUCUUCGUUAAGGCCUUCUGCACUGCUCGAGACUACUUUAAUCUUGAAGGAUUUCCCGUCCCUGAUUAAAAUGGAAAGAUCUGCAAAAUGCUCCAGUAUCAGGAAUUCUUUGGGGCAUUAGAAGACCCUGCAAGUGGCUCUUGUGGAAAUGUGCAGAUACUGAACUCGUCUAGCAGUUCUGUGAGCCACUUAACUGGGCUGUUUUAAAUUUCAGAGAUUUUUAAAGGUGGAAACAUGAUUAAAAAUCAUAGCAAUUCUCUUUAUUAAGAAAUCAACUCCAUAGUGUAGAUAGACUGCAGUGUUAUCUCUGC